AAAGUCAGCUUCGUAAAAAGACACGCCUUCUUUUCGUCAUUGCAGUGUAUAGAAAGUGUAUUCUCGUUGCCGAUAACACAAUUGGGAAUCUCUGCUGCUCUAUUUGUUUGAAAAAUGACUUUCGAGUGAACAAUGUCAGGAAUAUGGAAUUACCACUUUCAACGUGAACCGCUAGUAAGAAACAAAACAAAACCACAUGUAAAGGACAUCUGGUGCAUCAUUCGUCCAAAACAAAAUGUCAGCAAGGAACCGAAACUACUUCUUGACAAACCAUUUUUCGAUAAUGAAGAAAUCUCAACUGAACAACAAAAAAGUGUGCUGAAACCCAGGCAAACGAAUAAUUCAGAGGACAUAAAACCGCUGGACAAACAUGUUUCCGUUGUUGUUCUUCCGCCUGCUUCGUUACAAGAAAUUAUCUCUUGUAACAAGAGCCAAAUACAGAGAGUCGAGCUACUUGAACGAACUCUUGACAGACUUAAGUUACAGUUAACUGUUCUAAGUGAACGCUACACACUUCUCGAGGCAUCUCAAUCACCCGGGCAGUGGGUCCGUCUUCUCAAAAAAUUUGGAACAUUGUUUGCUGGGAAUUCUUUUGUUGCCUUUGUCGUUUGGUAUGUGUAUAAGCUUAACAUAACCGGGUCCGUCCGAAGGCUCAUUCAGUGGGUUAUUCGGUUAUUCAAGAGUAUGUUUCAUUUCACGUAAUUGAAGAGAGGAAAAAAUCGCCCCGUUCUCACGUAUACUCGCUUCCACUGUCGUCUUAUCCAUCUUGUUUCACCCCGUCUCGCCUCAUUUCUCCUUCCCGUUUUCCUUCAUCUCGUCCAUUUCAUUCUCGUUCUUAAAUACAAUAUACAUUUACGACUACGCAUGUUCGCACCAGUCAACGAGCAAAGAGCUCCUAAUCGUCCAUAUUUACUGUAGCUUCUUCAUCAGCGCGCCUGUUCAGCAACAGCUUUCUCUGACCUUUUCCCGGUACAUCCAUUGUUCUGUUUUCUCAUUCCUGCUUUUUGCUUCAUCUAGAAUAGCACCGUACGUCUCAGUGAAAUACAUUAUGUACA